GGGAUUGGAGAGAGCCGAAUUAUCGAGAGUCACUCUGAGGUAUAUCCAUCCAUCGCCAAUUUGACCUUUAUUCCUUAAGAAGAAGUGAUUGACCUUUGACCAGCAGCCAUGGCUUCUAAGAGGGGUAGCAACCAGGACGAGUCCAUCUUCCGUAUCCCGCCCUAUUACUACAUCCAUGUCUUGGACCACAAUGACAAUGUCACCAAGGUCGUGGUGGGUCCUAAGACCUACAUACGCCAGGACCAUGAAAGGGUCAUCUUCGGUCCCGAGAAGAUGAUCACCAUCCCUCCCAGGCACUACUGCAUCAUUGAGAACCCUGUGGUCAGGAACGAUACCGACCAGGUGGUCUAUGAUAAUCUCGGACAGGUCAAGCUAUUCCACGCUGACCAGGAGAUCAGGCUAGCCAGGGAGCCAUUUCCUCUCUACCCUGGGGAAGUUCUGAAGCAGGCCGUCACUGCCUUGAAGGUAGUCCAGGCCAACGCUGCCCUGAGGCUACGAGCCAUUCUUGACUUCGAGGAUGGCACCCAGAAGCGCGUCGCCGGCGACGAGUGGCUCUUUGAGGGACCCGGGACCUACAUCCCCCGCAAGGAGGUUGUGGUCGACGAGACCAUCAGGGCUACCAUCAUCAGACCCAACCAGGCUAUCAAGCUCAGGGCUCGUAAGGAGACCAACGACAGGGAGGGCACCGCCAGGGUCACCGGUGAGGAAUGGCAGGUCAAGAAGGUCGGAGCAUACCUACCUGGGGCAUACGAGGAGGUCGUCGAUACCGUCAAUGCCUACGUUCUCACAGAAAAGAAUGCUCUUCACCUAAGAGCCACACGCACAUUUGUAGAUAUGAAGGGCAAGACGAGGAAGAAUGGUGAGGAGUGGCUGAUCAAUAUGGCUGACACAGAUGCACACAUUCCUGAUGUAUAUGAAGAGGUUGUAGGAGUUGUGGACAUCAACACAUUGACCAAUCGCCAGUACUGUGUCAUCGUGGACCCUGUCGGGCCCGAUGGAAAGCCACAGCUUGGACAAAAGAAGCUGGUCAAGGGUGAGGUGUCCUUCUUCCUCCAACCCGGUGAGACUCUGGAGCAAGGCAUCCAGUCUGUAUUCAUCCUCGGUGAAGACGAGGGUCUCAUCCUCAGAGCACAGGAGUCAUUCAAGGAUGCCAAUGCUGCUGGAGCUGUACGUCAGCCAGGAGACAGGUGGAUGAUCCGAGGACCGUGUGAGUACGUACCUACCGUGGAGCUCGAGGUCGUCACCAGGCGUAAGGCUAUCCCUCUCGAUGAGAACGAAGGAGUCUACAUCAGGGACACCAAGACCGGAAAGGUGCGAGCAGUGACAGGAGAGACCUACAUGCUCAGCCAGGAUGAGGAGCUGUGGGCCAAGGAGCUGUCUCCAGCCGUGGAAGAGCUCCUGCAGAGCGCCAAGGACCCUGUAGCAGAACGUAGCGACAGGAGAGGAGAUAGAGCAGCCCCUAGGGCCAGGGAGAAGACGAGGGUCAUCUCCUUCCGUGUGCCUCACAAUGCUGCCGUACAGAUCUAUGACUACAAGGAGAAGAAGGCCAGGGUUGUCUUUGGUCCCGAGCUUGUCAUGCUGGGACCCGAUGAGCAGUUCACCCAGCUCAGCCUGUCGGGAGGGAAGCCUAAGCGUCCCAACGUCAUCAAGGCCCUCUGCCUACUCCUAGGUCCAGACUUCUGCACCGAUAUCAUCACCAUCGAGACCGCUGACCACGCUCGUCUGCAGCUUCAGCUCUCAUACAACUGGCACUUUGAUGUUCCAGACAAGACCGAUGUGGCAGCCUCAGCCAAGCUCUUCAGUGUACCUGACUUCAUCGGUGAUGCCUGCAAGGCCAUCGCCUCCAGGAUCAGAGGAGCUGUCGCAGGAGUCCAGUUCGAUGACUUCCACAAGAACUCGGCCAAGAUCAUCCGUGCCUCCGUCUUUGGCUUUGAUGAGAAGAACAAGGUGAGGGAGCGGUUCCUGUUCCCCCAGAACAGCCUGGUCAUCACCUCCAUUGAUAUCCAGUCUGUAGAGCCUGUAGACCAGAGGACCAGGGAUGCCCUGCAGAAGUCUGUCCAGCUGGCCAUCGAGAUCACCACCAACUCACAGGAGGCUACUGCCAGGCACGAGGCCGAGCGUCUGGAGCAGGAGGCCCGCGGUCGCCUGGAACGCCAGAAGAUCAUGGACGAGGCGGAGGCUGAGAAGUCUCGCAAGGAGCUGCUGGAGCUACAGGCUAACAGUGCGGCCGUGGAGAGCACCGGGCAGGCCAAGGCAGAGGCACAGUCCAGAGCUGAGGCUGCCAGGAUCGAGGGAGAGGCUGCUGUGGACCAGGCCAGGCUCAAGGCUGAAGCAGCCAAGAUUGAAUCGGAAUCUGAGCUGCAACGUCUGACCAAUGCUCGCGAAGCCGAGACCAAGUACGUCAGGGAGCAGAACGCACUGGAGGUCAACAAGACCAAGCAGAUGUCCGACAUCGAGACAGAGAGGUUCAGGAACAUGGUGCAGUCCAUCGGAGCUGACACCAUUAAGGCCAUGGCCAUGGCUGGACCAGAGAUGCAGGUGAAGCUGCUCUCUUCGCUGGGACUGAAGUCCACCCUGAUCACGGACGGCUCAACCCCCAUCAAUCUAUUCAACACCGCCCAAGGGCUCCUGGGUGGCUUCUCAGCCAAGCGAGGCAUUGAGCAUGUCGAGGAAGAAGACUAAGCUAUCUUUCGCUCUCAGACUCUGUUCGCCCUCUUAAAGCAGGAGAGGGAUGAAAUGUUUAAUGUUUACGAAGAAAAAGGGGUACAUGUAUCUUAAAUGAAAGUUAUUGAUCAUCGUAUGAGUGGGUUGGGAAAGAUCUAGUCAUGUUUUGCUCUCCUUAAUCCAUCUCCUUGGGGAAGGGGGGAAGAGAUUACAUCGACUAUGGAUGCUUUACGUUUAUGAACAAAAAGGGAACAUUUAUCAUUCUUAAAUUGAAAAGGAAAUGGGUACCUCUUUGAAAAGCAUUGUUUAUUUUUAGUGUUUUGAGGAAGAUUCAAUUUUGCUCAUUUUGUGUUUUUUGGCUAGAAAGAAGUCUGAAAUAUUUUGUAACUAGGUGAUUAUUCAGACACACAAACUUUAAUUGUAGAUGAAUUUAAAUGGCUGUUUUAUAGAUAUAGGUAUAGACAUUAAGAGUCAGGUAAAUAAUUAUGUUGCAAAUAACUAUGUUAAUUGUUUUGAAGUAUAAUAUAAAUAAUUAUAUUUUUCAGUGUACUCAGUGCAAAGAAUUGUUUGAAAAGAGAAGAAGAUGGUGAUGCAAUUAUGUCAUUUUUUAUAGUUCCUUUAGAAGUCUUUCAUCUGAAUGUUUAAAUGUUUUGUCAAGUGACUAGAAAAAAAUCAUGAUUAUUUCACCUUGAGAAGGUGAACAUCAUAGUCUACUCGACAAAUAUAUUACAUAUAUUUUGCAUUGAUUAUCGAGUUACAUGUACCAGGCAUAACAAGGCACACAAUUGUAUGGUCACAUGUAUAUAGUGAAACUUAGCAUUUCUAUUUGGAUAUAUCUUUGUCCCGUUCAUCGAUUAGAUGGUUCUCUUACGAUGGGUGUAUCUUAGGAAAUAUUGUUGAUUCAUUCUGGCAGCUUCCAUCAUUACCAAAAAGUGAUCUUACUUGUUCGCAAUGAUUCUAGCCCGUGCUGAUGUCUUGUUUCAAAUUAAAUUUUGUGCCUCUGAACAGUUUCUUGGUUCUCCUUGUAGUUAACCGUUUAGACUUUAGGGAUAUUUCUGUUGUCUGUGCUGUUACAGCUCUAAUAAUGUGAUAUUAAUGAAGUGCAGUAUAUUAGAAUCCUCUAUAUUUUAUUAGAAUCCUUUAUAUUAACAUUACCAGAUAGCCAAAGUCCUGCAAUUUCUCUUAUAAAGUUUAUACAAGUAUUUUGAAUAUGUUUAUCAUGCAAUUGAAUAUUUGUACCCGUGUCUUAAAGAUAUUUCUUUAUUGUCUGUAUUUUUCUAUAUUCAUCAUUAGAAAUGAUAUUUGCAAAGGUUCAUUAAAACCCAACCAGAUGGUUAUCUUGUACUAAAA